AUGAUUAAAAAGAGGAAAUUAAAAAUUGACAGUAAGUGCAAAAGAAUUCCUACUGAAAAAGAUGAUGAAUUAAAAAUUGAAGAAGACAAUAGGAAGAAUUCCAAAGAAGGAAAAAUAGAAGAAAGACACCAUAAUGAUGAAAAGAAUUUUAUAAAUUUAGAAUCUUCAAAAAAAUUAAAGGUACUUCAACAAAUGAGAAUGAAAAAGAAGGGUAUUAGUACGGAUAAUUUAAAUUAUGAAACGAAAGUAAUAGAGAAACACGACAAUGAAAAGAAAUUAUUAGAUAAACAUUUUACAAAAAAUAUAACUGAAAAAGAAAUUGAAGAAGCACAUAUAGAAUCAUUUAUUAAAGAAAAUAUGACAGAAUUUUAUGAAGAAUUAAAUAACAAGAGAAAACAACAAAAAGACCAAGAUCAAGAAACAAAAAAAAAACAAGCAAACAAUAAUAAUGAUCUUAUUAAUGAUUUAUAUAAAUUAUCUGAUCAUUUAAAAAUUAAAAGUACAUUUGAAGAUACGUCGGAAAAAUUAAACUGUAUCACUGGAAUUACUGAGGUUCCUAUACCUCUAGAAGUUAAAAUGAAAAAUAUUGAAGAAACGGAAAAAUAUAAAAGACAAAUUUUGAAAAAUUUACAUAAUAUGAGUAAAAGUAAAAAAGGAACCUAA